CCUGUGACAGCCUUUUGCCGUUUCAUGCUCCUACGCAGGGCAUACUAGAAACAACAUUGGCGUGCAUACACAGUCUUCUCUCAACCCCCGAAUCUAGCAAUUUCUUCCAAUCACACCCAGUUAUAUAUUCCCCAAACACGCCCUUACCUGUAUUCAUGAUCUGCCAAGCUAGGGUUUUUUGAAAACAAGCUGCUUACUCACUCGAGUUGUAAACUUAUCAUCAUUCGCUAAAGUUAUUGAAAUCGUUGUGUGUGUUAGAUAUGGCCGAGAGGUUGAAGAGAAAGCCAGCGUGGACUGGCCGUUCUUUCAAAUCACUAUUUAAAGCACAGGAAAAGAGUGAUACAGUUAAAAAUAAUUUAGAGUCCUCUGAUAAAAGAAAAAGGGAUUCGUGCAUGGAACUUGAUGCAUCUCCUGGGUGCAAAACUAGUACUGACUAUAACACAUGCGUUGUGUGCUCGAAAAGGCAAAGGUUAUGUGAUGGUAAGUAUAUUCAGACAAGCUGCGGUCCAUCUUCUUUAGAUCCUUUUGCGGAGGUUGUCCCAGUUGGAGGCUGGCACUGCUUUCAAUGUCUGAACAAUAAAAUGCAGGCUGGUGCUUGUCAAUUGUCUCAUAAUGUAGAGGCAAUCUGGAAUGCUAGAGAAACUGAGGUCUCAGAUGCUGAAGGUUUACGGAAGGAAAAACAAUAUUUUGUCAAAUAUAAAGGUCUAGCUCACAUUCACAACCAGUGGAUUCCGACAAGUCGGUUGCCUGUUGAAGCUGACAUGCUUAUUGAAAAAUUCAAGAAAGAAAGAGAGGCGGUGAGGUGGAAUGAAGAGUGGGUUUUACCACAUCGAUUAUUGAAGAAAAGAUUGUUAUUGUCUGCCGCUCAGGAGAACAAUGCUCCUUAUGACACUUCAAGUUGUCAAUAUGAGUGGCUUGUGAAGUGGCGUGGGCUUGAUUACGAAAGUGUCACAUGGGAGCUGGACACUUUUGUAAGCCUUCAUGGUGCUAAUCUUAUAGAGGAGUACCAAAAUCGUCACAAGAAGGCAUUGGAUAAUUUCUCUUCUGUUGACAAGGAUAAAAAUGGGUCGCUAGUGGAACUCCAGAAACUUCCAGCUGGGAGUCCACCUGGAUUGGAUACCAGUCACCUUGAGACUGUGAACAAGCUGCGAGAGUUUAUGCACAAAGGACAGAGCACAAUUGUAUUUGAUGAUAAGGACAGAAUUAUGAUGACGCUUUUAUAUGUUUUAUCACUGUCUGAUACUUGUUGGCCCUUCCUUAUUGUAACAACUUCUAGUUUGCUUCCUCUGUGGGAAGCUGGGUUCUUGCGUGCAGUGCCAUCUGUAGAUACUGUAGUAUAUAAUGGGAGUAUUCAUAACAGACAAUGUAUCAGGAUGCUGGAGUUUUAUGACGAUGAUGGCAGGAUGAUGCUUCAAGUGCUUUUAUCCUCAGUGGAAAUCGUGGUUGAGGAUUUUCCAUUUUUGAACAACAUAAAAUGGAAAGUAGUAAUAGUUGAUGAGUGCCAGCAACCUAAUGUCUCAUCUCAAUUUGCACAAAUCAAGGUGUUAGCCGCUAGUGUAAAGAUUCUUCUCUAUAACGGUCAAUUGAAGGAUAAUGUCGCUGAAUAUUUAAAUUUGCUGUCAUUGCUUGAAUCUACCAAUGAUUCCAGAAAUAUUGAUGUCCUAAAUGCCGAGUCAAUCAAUAAUCUUUGUAAAUUGAGAGAGAGGCUGUCACGAUAUGUUGCAUGUGAGGACAAAUCAAGCUCUUCCAAGUUUGUGGAGUUUUGGGUUCCUUCUAUAUUAUCCAAUGCCCAGCUUGAGCAGUACUGUGAUACUCUUCUAUCUAAUUCUUUAUCGCUGUGCUCAUAUUCCAAGACUGAUCCUGUAGGGGCUCUCCGAAAUAUUGUCUUGUCAACACGAAAGAGCUGUGACCAUCCUUACACAGUUGAUUCUUCCCUUAAACGGAUGAUUACUAAAGAUAUUCCUCCCGUUCAUUUUUUGGAUACGGAGAUAAAAGCCAGUGGAAAAUUACAACUCCUGGAGAUUAUACUUUCGGAAAUUAAAAGACGACAGCUGAGAGUUCUAAUCUUAUUUCAGUCGGUAGCUGGAUCUGGAAGGGACACAAUGGGAUUAGGAGAUAUUUUGGAUGAUUUCUUGAGGGAGAGAUUUGGUGGAGAUACCUUUGAACGCAUUGACAGGGGGGUGACUUCAAUUAAAUUAAAGCAAAAAGCAUUGAACAAUUUUAACGAGGGGAAUGGGAGAUUUAUGUUCUUAUUAGAAAAUCGUGCUUGUCUCACAAGCAUUAAACUUGUGUCAGUGGACACGAUUGUAAUAUUUGACAGUGACUGGAAUCCAGCAAAUGAUGUAAAAGCACUGAACAAAAUAUCAAUUACUUCACAAUUCAAACAGAUAAAGAUAUUUCGUUUAUAUUCAGCUUUUACUGUUGAAGAAAAAGUUUUGAUUCUUGCUAAGCAGGGACACAUCCUUGAGAGCAACUUAGAUAGCAUAAAUCGUGCUACUAGUAACACAUUACUAAUGUGGGGUGCAUCAUAUUUACUCGAUAGGCUGGAUGAAUUUCAUAGUACAGCUGAAAUGAACGUUUCGUCUGAACAUGAAAUUUCGAGCAAAGUAAUGAAUGAAAUCUCGGCGUUACUUUCUCAAAAUGGUGAAUGUGAUGGUAUGGACAACUUUAGCAUUUGUAAGAUUCAGCAGAGAGGUGGAAUCUACUAUUCAAAUCUGAAGUUGUUGGGAGAACGACAAAUUCAGUUGUCUGAUAAUGAACAUCCACAGAAUUUUUGGUCAAAUUUGUUGAAUAGAAGGAUUCUUAAGUGGAAAUUUCUAUCCGGGAAAAUUCAGAGGCAUCGGAGAAAAGGCCAAUAUCUUGAUGAUAUACCAAGGAGUGCAGAAUGUGGAGCUGUUGAAGUUGGAAAGAAGCGUAAGAAUGGAGAGACCAAUAGCUCUUAUCCUAUCAUUUUGAAUUCUGGGCUUGAACGAGACAAGACUGGAGGGGCUCAUGGCAUUCAAGGAGAUUAUGAUUUGUGCUGUUCAAAAAGACCAGGUGCUAGUGCAACCAACCUUCUUCACCCUAGCACUGCCCCCACAAUUGUAUCUGAGAAGAGCAUGCUGCCUGAUGCACAAACAAAUUUUGAUCUUGUAAAGCCAGAUUUUUUGAAGCUUUGUGAGAUUCUGAAAUAUUCGGAUGAAGUCAAGAUGAUGGCAGAACGGUUUCUCGAAUACGUUAUCUCUAUAUAUAAAGUCAAUAAUAAUUGCUCAGCAAGUACUUUGCAGGCAUUCCUUAUAGCUCUGUGCUGGGGUUCAGCUUCACUUUUAAAACAGAAGGUUAAUAAGAAAGAUUCUCUUUUACUGGCGGAAAAACAUUUAGAAUUUAGAUGUAAUGAAGAAGAGGCAGAUGCUCUAUAUUUUUCCAUUGUUCAGAUAUUAGUGAAAACAUUUGAAGAGAAUAUGUUAUCAGAUUUAUCUGAUGGUGGCGUAUCAGGAGUUAAAAAUUUAAAAGAAGGAACACUCAAUGAGAAUGUGUCACAGUUGCAAACUGUGAAACCGGAGCUUGAAGAAAUGAGGGAAACAUUACUUACUGAUGAGAUAUCUCAAGAUAAUGAAAGAUACGGGCUAGAUAUAGAAAACAAUUUCGAACUGAUCCAGAGGAAAUGUAAGAAGCGGAUAGAAAAAGUGAAACAGAAACAUGAAGAAGAAAUCAGAAAAAUGAACAACGAUUGGGAGUUCAAGAGAAAAGAAAUUGAAAGUUGGCGUAAGGUGCGAUCAGUUUUGUUAGCAGAAGUGUUUAAGCAGCCUAUGCCUAUCAGAACGGAUAAGUUGAAGAAUUUAGAUAAAAAAUACAGAAUGGAAUUGGAAGUGCAUAAAUGUCAGAAGGAGAUAAGUCUUGAACAAUCAAAAGCAAAGCAUUUGGAUGCAUUAUCAAAUGAGAGAAGCAAGGUUGAGCAGUGGUUAAAAUCAGCAUCUAUUGCUACCAAAGUUGCUGGUCAGGAUGAGCUGGCUUUGCAACAAUGUGAUGUUCAGAACGAGCUGGGAUACUCUCAGGCUAGUCAACAUGUGUCUCCAAAUGUUUCUGAAAGCCAUGUAACUCCAUCUAGAUAUCCUGAUGAUUUUCCAAGUGAAUUAACUACAGGUAAGAUGCUUGCUGUUAGUGGUUGUACAACUGAUCCAAAUCAGGAUGGAAGAGACGGCCUUGAUGUUCUAAGAGAAAAUCCAAAUUGUAAGAAUGAUGCGGCAGAGAACAUGGCUAAAAGUCUGAACCCUAGUGGAUUAGGCAGUCAGGCCAAUAGGCUUGUAAAUGUUUCCGAGAAUGAUUUGACACCAGAAAGUAUCAUAGAGGAAGUGACUGGUCAAAUUGUGGAAGUGAAUCCUCUUGAUGAUGAUCGGGUGAGGCAUCUUGCAGAAAAUCAACCUGAGAUUCAGCAACAAAUUGUCGAGCACGCAGAACAGCUUCCAAGUCAAGUUCAGCAUCUUGAGUCAAAUGUGGAACUGCAUCCCCCAACUGAUGUGAUAGAAACUCCGCUUCAGCAAAAUAAGUCUGAUUUGCUGUUCACUAGUACACUUGAUCAUCAGCCACCCAAGUCCAAUACAUCUCCCCUGAACUCUGAGGCUGUGCCAAGAACAGAGCUUCCUAGACAAGCUGUUAUUAGUGAAGUAGAUAUGUCUGUUGUUCAAGGAUUUCAAGACCUUCCAUUGCCUGCUGAACACCAGGUCCCCUCACAAAUCCUGAAGCCGACUUUAUUUAGUGACCCACUCCUGGAAGAACUGGAGAGGAUUAGUAAGGAAACUGAACAAACUAUCAAGCUUCAUGAAGAUGCGAAGAUGAGACUAAAAUCCGAGUUUGAAGAACUUAUCACUCAAAUUCAUAAGAAAUAUGAAGAUAAUUGUAAGGAUCUUGAUGUGGUGUUCCAGCAGAAGAAGAAAGAACUUGAUAAUAAUCAUAACAAAGUUCUUAUGAAUGGAUUACUGGCUGAUGCUUUUAGGUGCAAGUGCAUGGAACCUUCUACGUACAAUGGAAUGCAACAAGGUGUGCACCAUGGUCUUGUGCAGCCCUUAAAUCAGGUACCUCCAAGUGUUGCAUCUACGUCAGCUGCCAUCACUGUUAAAUCUUCAGCUGGUCAACCUGCAGGCUGUCAACGGAAUACAGUUCUAACUUCACAACCUUCAUCAAUGGUUCAUCUAGAUAAUGUUACGACUACAACUUGCCAACCAGCAGUCAGUCAGCAGAAUACGGUUUCACUAUCACAACAUGGUGCACGGCUUUUACCUGUUGCUUCAUCUUCAGGUAGCCAACUGGCAGUGAAGCAGCACUGUUCAACUCUGCCGAUGCAGCCUGGGCCUGGUAAUAACGUCAUUUCUGAUUCAUUUUCCGCUGGCCAACCGGCAGCCAACCCACAGAAUAUAACGCCACUGUUACAUCCAUCAUUGAGGAUUUCUCCCCUUGCCGUCUCACCUUCAGGUGUUCAAUCUGCAGCCCACCAGCGGAGUACUCCACCACUCCAAAUUGUUCAACAGUCGGCUGCUCUUUUCUCAAGCACUCCAACCACACCCCUUCAGAAUAAUCCCAUCAGCCCUUUAACGGGAAACCUAAGAGUUGGAAGUGAGAAUCGUGCCCGUGCCCCUGCACCACAUUUACCGCCUUUCAGGUUUGCAUCUGGUGCAUACGCUUGUGAUGCCAAGUCAUCUGACCAGAAGUAGCAUGCCAAUAUCAUCUCACUCACUCCCCCAUGGCCCCUCCUGAUCAAAGCCACCCAAUCAAAAUUGUUACUCUUUAGAUUAAGAUUUUUUUGGUACAUAAUCUUGUAUGCAAUAUAAUGUCCUGCAUUGCCAUUGACUGCUUUUCUUUUCCAAAUCCAAUAUACUAUCAUGUUUACUGGACUUGAUUGCAAACCAAAUAUGUAGAUACAUACCUGAGUGCAGAAUAUUGAUAUGUUUUCAUGGCUGACUGAUGCAUGCAGCUACCGGGGUUUGUUGUCUA